CGUAUAGUAGCCGCCUUUUCGCGUCGUGCGCGAACGUGCCGUGUGCAAAGCUCAACGUGUAAUGACUAGGCCGCUCCCGGGCCUCGUGCAGCCAUUCGACGAUUAUAUUCAAACCUCGCGCUUAUUAUAUAUAUAUAUUGAAAUUAUAAUUUUUUUUUAAUUAAAAAAAGAAAAAACGUUGGUGUGCGCGCACGUUUUGUAGUUGCGUUUAGUAUAGCGUGAUUUAUAGUGUGUUCUCCCACUGGUUCUCUUCGAUAGCUUCGAUAGACGACCAGCUUCAGUCAUUUUUAACGUUUCUUCACAACUGUAGAAUAAAUAAAAAAACAGGACAAAAUGCCUUACAAGCCAGUGGAACAAGCAAAAUGCCCAAAAUGCGGAAAAUCAGUCUACGCCGCUGAAGAGCGCGUAGCUGGAGGAUUGAAAUGGCACAAGAUGUGCUUCAAAUGCGGUCUCUGCGGCAAGCUGCUCGACUCGACAAACUGCACAGAGCACGACGGCGAGCUCUUCUGCAAAACUUGCCACGGCCGCAAAUUCGGACCUAAGGGCUACGGCUUCGGCGGUGGCGCCGGCUGCCUCUCCAUGGACCAAGGAGACCAUCUUGCGGGCCACCAGUACCAAAUUUCGAACGCCGUGAUGGAGCCAAGAUCCAUCGCCAAAGCCCCGGAGGGCGAGGGCUGCCCACGCUGCGGCGGCUACGUUUACGCCGCCGAGCAGAUGCUCGCCAGAGGAAGGCAAUGGCACAGAGAGUGUUUUAAAUGUGGCGACUGCUCCAAGAGAUUAGACUCGGUCAACUGCUGCGAAGGUCCUGACAAGGAUAUCUAUUGCAAAGUGUGCUACGGAAAGAAGUUCGGUCCCAAAGGCUACGGCUACGGCCAAGGUGGCGGCGCCCUGCAGAGCGACUGCUACGCCAACGGUGAUGCGGCUCCGAAAACGACCGUCGUGGACACGGCCUCGAUCAUGGCCCCACCUGGCAAGGGAUGCCCUCGCUGCGGCGGGGUAGUCUUCGCCGCCGAGCAGGUGCUGGCCAAGGGCCGCGAGUGGCACAGAAAGUGCUUCAAGUGCCGGGACUGCACCAAGACCCUGGACUCGAUCAUAGCCUGCGACGGCCCCGACAAGGACGUCUACUGCAAGACCUGCUACGGCAAGAAGUGGGGACCCCACGGCUACGGCUUCGCCUGCGGCUCCGGUUUCCUCCAGACCGACGGCCUGACCGAGGACCAGAUCUCGGGCAGCAGACCGUGCUACAAUCCCGACACCACGUCGAUCAAGGCCCCACCGGGCCAGGGCUGCCCGCGCUGCGGCGGCAUGGUGUUCGCCGCCGAGCAGCAGCUCGCCAAGGGCACGAUGUGGCACAAGAAGUGCUUCAAUUGCGCCGAGUGCCACAGGCCGCUCGACUCGAUGCUGGCCUGCGACGGCCCCGACAAAGAGAUCCACUGCAAGGCCUGCUACGGCAAGCUGUUCGGCCCCAAGGGCUUCGGCUUCGGCCACUCGCCCACUCUCGUCUCGACCGAUCCCGAGCACGCACCGUCUUUCAUUGACUCGAAGCCAGAACUCGGCGUGAAGAUGAACGACGGCGGCGGCUGCGCCAGAUGCGGCUACCCCGUCUACAUGGCCGAGCAGAUGAUCUCCAAGGAUCGGCUGUGGCACAAGCGCUGCUUCUCGUGCGGCAGCUGCCAUCGCUCGUUGGACUCGACGAAUCUCAACGACGGCCCGGACGGCGACAUCUACUGUCGCGGCUGCUACGGACGCAAUUUCGGACCCCGCGGCGUCGGCUUCGGAAUGGGAGCUGGCACGCUCACGAUGGCAUAGAUUGCUACCGCUAUGCCGCUUCUCUGCCUACAUAAAAUGAAGAGCGCAUCUAUGUGCGAUGGCGAAAUCGCAGAGCAGAACGAAGAUCGACCUGAUGCAAAUAUUGCAAAUUAUUGCAAAAAUUGCUGGAGCCUCUUCCGAUCGAUAUACACAUACAUAUUAUGAUCUUCAACCCCUUUCGUCGUCAGUGUGUGUUAGUAUGUAAGCGUGUGAGUUUGUGUGAACCCGAUCUUGGAUUUCACGAGGGAAUCCCCCCGCUGCGAUCCACGGGUAAUUUCAGCAAUAACAGCUGCUGCUAUUGUUGCUGCAACGGGAUUUGUGCCAUAAAUAAUAUCACAUGCGUUUCUUUUUUUUUUCUUGAAAAAAAAUAUGUAAUUUUUUUUCUCGGGGGUGAUGAAUAUUACGGUAUAUUGAUUGAAUGCGGUGUACGACUGUUGUGCGUAAAUAUUAUUGUUGAAAUAGACAAUAUAUAUAGAGAGCAAGGAAAAAAUAAAAUGAGAACUCGGCUCGUCGAUUCAUGCCUCGACUUCGAGUUUUUCUCGCUCCUUCCCUCGUACUCCUCUCUUUCUUUCUCUCUUUCUCUCUAUUUCUAUCUGUCUGUCUUUUAUCGCGAGAAAAACGAUCGAACGAUAGAUGAUACGAGGCUUGAAUCGACGGCCUUUAGUUUACGAGAUACGAAGGAUGAAAUGUAUACAUUUCCCAGCUUGACACCGUAUAUUAUAUUUGAAUAUAUAAUAGUAUAGACGCGAAUAUUAUGUGUGUAUCGACGAAAAGGCUCGACUCUUUUUCCGAUUUAUUCUUAAUAUAUAAAAUUAGCAUUAUAUGAUAUUCUAAUCUUAGUCAAUCUUGGAGUUUUACAUGUUAAAGGCAUGUAUAAAACACACGUGGACAUGAAAUAUACCUGUCGCGAUAUAUCAGAACGCGCGCAGCACAAGCAAUCUCAAUAAAAUAAUCCCGUAUUAUUGUAGAUCGAAAUAAUACGGGAAUUGAUAAAAAUUUUGCAAAAGUUAUACAUAUGUAUGAAGCGUCCGAGACGCCAAUAUAAUCACAUACUUACGCAAGCGAUCGAGGUACGCUUUGAAAUUUGAUUUUAACUUUUGUUUCAUCGUACUUUAUUGGUUAAAAAUAUUUUAACUAACGAACGAUCCUAUUUAUCUUAAAAAAAAAAACAUUAUAAAAAA